UUUUUUUCAUUCUCACUGAUAUUUCCACUCCGAACGGGAUUCAAACGUGACACACAAUCUGGACUCAUGAGAUCGUUUUAAUUCAUUCAAUCGCAAGGGCUUGAAACAGCAGGAUAUUGAUCAGAAAUCAGAAAUAUCCCGGGAAUUUCCUUCCAGACAGAGGAACGCUGGAAAAAACAUAUAUUCUGAGAAGAACUUACUAUCGGAGACAAAUUGUUUAUUUCCCUGUUUCACCAGUUGGCUCGGAAGGGCUCAGGCGGUGGAGCAGAAUGCCUCAAAAAGGAAUGAUCUAAAUAGUCAGACGCAAAUGAAGGGCUAAAUUGUUUUAAUCGGACAGUCAACUCUGUUACCAGAAUACCAUAACCAACCCACGUGGGAAUCAGGAGUGGCGUCCAUGAUGCAAAACAGUCACAGUGGCGUCAACCAGCUCGGCGGGGUGUUUGUGAACGGCAGACCGUUACCGGACUCCACCAGACAGAAGAUCGUCGAACUCGCUCACAGUGGAGCGCGACCCUGCGACAUCUCCAGGAUUUUGCAGACCCAUGAUGAUGCAAAAGUCCAACUGGACAAUAAGAACGUGUCCAAUGGGUGUGUGAGCAAGAUUUUGGGGAGAUAUUAUGAGACCGGCUCCAUCCGACCACGAGCCAUCGGAGGCAGCAAACCGAGGGUAGCGACGCCUGAAGUGGUCAGCAAAAUAGCGCAGUACAAGAGGGAGUGUCCCUCGAUCUUUGCCUGGGAAAUUCGGGACAGGCUGCUGUCUGACGGGGUGUGCACCAGCGAUAACAUACCGAGCGUGUCGUCGAUAAAUCGAGUCCUACGCAACCUGGCUAGCGAAAAGCAACAGAUGGGUGCAGAUGGCAUGUACGACAAGCUGAGAAUGCUCAACGGGCAGACCGGCACAUGGGGGACUCGCCCGGGAUGGUACCCUGGUACGUCCGUGCCAGGACAACCAAAUCAAGAUGGUUGCCAGCAACAGGACAAUGGUGGUGAGAACACUAACUCCAUUAGCUCAAAUGGUGAGGAUUCAGAUGAGACUCAAAUGCGCCUGCAACUGAAAAGAAAACUGCAAAGAAACAGAACGUCGUUCACGCAGGAGCAGAUCGAAGCCCUGGAAAAAGAGUUUGAAAGAACCCACUAUCCAGAUGUUUUCGCAAGAGAAAGACUUGCAGCAAAAAUCGACCUUCCGGAAGCUAGAAUACAGGUAUGGUUCUCAAACAGAAGAGCGAAAUGGAGGAGGGAAGAGAAGCUGAGGAACCAGCGACGACAAGCCAGCAACUCCUCCAGUCACAUUCCCAUCAGCAGCAGUUUCAACACAAGCGUCUACCAGGCAAUCCCACAACCCACCACUCCUGUGUCCUUCACAACAGGGUCCAUGCUAGGCCGAUCAGACACGGCUCUGACCAACACGUACACGGGUUUGCCUCCGAUGCCCAGCUUCACAAUGGCUAACAACCUGUCUAUGCAGCCAAGCCAGACAUCUUCCUAUUCCUGCAUGCUGCCCACCAGUCCGUCCGUGAAUGGGCGAAGCUACGACACAUACACACCCCCUCAUAUGCAGGCACACAUGAACAGCCAAACAAUGGCAACUUCUGGUACCACCUCAACAGGACUCAUCUCCCCUGGAGUGUCUGUCCCUGUCCAAGUUCCCGGAACUGAGCCAGACAUGUCUCAGUACUGGUCAAGAUUACAGUAAAGAAAAGAGUUACUUCGCCCUUUGACUUCCACACAGAGACUAAGAGAGAACCUGGACCUCUGCAGCAGUAUUUCCACAAACACACAGACACACACAAACAAAUACCAGGACGAGGAAGCGUGUGGACUCUUGUCACGGUCUGGAAACUUUGCGGCACUACCUUUAAGAGGAAAAGCAGACGCUUAGACUUAAUGGAACAAAAACAACAAACCUCUGCUACAUCCACGAUCUCCAUUUUUUUUGUCGUAUUUGUACAUUGGCAUUUACAAGUAAAGACGAAAAGACAAUUCAACAGCCAAAAAUAUGUUGGCGAAGCACGACAUAUUGUGACUGUUUUCUAAUAUCAGGAUGACGGAUCAGACUUCAGGCCCAUAUCAAAGCAGCGAAGCAGAAACAUACCAACAGGAAACGCCUAUUCGUAGAUAUUUUCACUCUGGGAGAGUUAACGGCUAAAAAACAACCCUCAAUGGCUUCAAUUAAUAACAUUUAAUAACAUUACUAUUGUAUCUACAAAAGGAACAACAGCCAUUAUGUAAAUGACUGAGUACUUUAUAAUUACGUACGAGGGUUUGGAGUUGGGUAGACGGAUUCUGAGGCCGUUUGUGCUCGAUCAUUUAUAACUGUGACGUCAGAGGAACGGGAAGUUAUAAUAACAUUAAUAACAUUCAUCCAUUUUGCUACUGUCCAAUUGUAAGUAUUUGUUCUCCCUAGAAAUUUCCUCCCGGAAUUAUCGCGGAACAUAAAUAUAUUCUCACUUUUAUUGCCCCCGAGAAAAAUCUAUAAAUGUUUUAUACAGAUUUUCAUGCAUCGUUAAAAAAAAGGAAAAACAUUUCUUUAGGUCAGGUACAAGUUGUCUAUUAGGUAUAGUUGUAUUAUAGUGUCCUACAGUCAAAUAAUUUUGUGAGACUAGAAAUAUUUAAUUCCGAUAAUUAUGAUUAAAAAUGCUUGACAGAGUU